AAUUAAUUUAAAAAUCUUUUUAGUGUGCCUGGACAUGUUUUUUCAACUAAAACUUUAAUUCUGGACGGUAGCCCGAGAAAAAGGGAACCCACACUCCGGGAGUGAAGGAUAGGCCGCGAGUGGGGGAAGCGGAGGGGGCGGUUUCACGCACGGAAGACAUAAAUAAUACAAAUAUAAAUUUUUUGAAAACUCUCUCACGUUGAUAAUAUUGACAUUAACGGCGAUUUGUUAUCACAGAUAUGCUAGAAAAUCCAUAUAGGGUGAGGUCUUACUCUUCUUUAAUAUUCUGAAAGUAAUUGUUUAGUUCUACCAUUAGGAAACCGAAAAAUUGAGAAAAUUUCAGAAAAAAAUUACUUAGGGUGGUAAUAGAUGACAGCGGGCGAGAGGAUUAGGGCAAGACUGAAAGACUAGCCCAUACCAAAGAAAUUAGAGAACUAGUAUGAGAAAAUUGCUUGGAAAGCAUCCAAACUGUUACACUUUUUCAAAAAGGCUUGCAGAAACCCUUGUUGAUGAGGAAAAAGAAAGAAUGCCAGUGGUAAUUGUGCGACCAUCAAUUGUGUCACCGUCAUUUAAGGAACCAUUACCUGGUUGGGUGGACUCUUUGAAUGGACCAAUAGGACUGACAGUGGGAGCAGGCAAAGGCGUGAUUCGCUCUAUGCUUUGUGGGACUGACUAUUUUGCAGAAGUUAUUCCAGUUGACAUAGUAACCAAUUUCAUGAUCGUUGCAGCAUGGGACAGAGCUGUAAACAAGAAACAUGUAAAAGAAACUCCAGUUUUUAAUGUAUCUAAUGGAGAUGUUGUCAAAGUGACUUGGGGAGAAGUUGUGGAACGUGGACGUCAAUUAUCAUACCAGUACCCAUUUGAUUAUGUGCAUGGUACGUUUACAGAAGAGAAUUAGUGUGGGCAUGGAAGUACUGCAAUAUUUCACCAUGAGACAAUGGAUUUUCAAUAUAGAGAAAUUUAAAGCUACAGCUGAGAGUCUCUGUCCAAAGGACAGAGAAAUAUUUUACAGUACAAAUGUAGAAUUUGACGUGGAGAAGUAUUUAUUGAAUCUUCUAUUGGGAGCUAGAAUGUAUUGCAUGAAAGAACCUCUUUCAACUCUUCCUCGAGCAAGGAGACAUCUUAAAAUAAUGUUUGUUGUUCAUCACUUAAGCAAGAUUCUUUUCUAUGGAUUUAUGAUCUAUCUCUUGGUUCAAUAUAUUGAGCCUCUCAGGUAUUCAUUGGAUUACACCCUUACCAGCUUGGGAAAAACACCAAUUUUCAGAAAUUUUAUUACUUCAAGUUCAUGAAAAUGAAUAGAAUUUUUGAAUUGUGUUUAAUUGAAAAGUUUUAAUCAUAAAAUGUAUUACAGAGAAACAAAUGUAUAUAGUAAUGAUAAUCAUUACAUUUCUUAAUAUACAUAAUGGUUGUGGAUACAUCAUUAACUCCAAGAGAAUAUGCAAUACCAUACAGGAUUGAGUGUCAUUCCUUUAUGGAGAUCAUAUGUACAGUAUUAACAUGAGGACUUGAAACUUCGAUUUUGAUAAGUACUGUUAAGUGCAUAUGGAUGAGAAAGACCGUAAACAACAUUAUUAUGCGUCUGUUCAUAGAAAAAAUAUUGCGAGUACUCAGAAAAUGGCAUAUAAUGUAAUAAAAUGUGUUUUGAUACCCUUUUAUAGAAAUAUUGUGGCAAAAAAUCAUAUGUGUACAAAUGUAUGUGUUAAUAAACAAAACAUUUGAAGUUUUUGUUUUUGUUGGUUUCUUCAAU